AUGAAUAUGGCACUAUACCAAAUUGGUGUGUGGUCGACAUUUCAGGUGAUGAAGAAAAUUAUACUAAAGAUAUGUCUCUUUCUAAAAUGUUAAAAUUAGAACUUGAAAAAGACUUACUACAUAAGCAUAAAAAUAAGAACUGCAAAGAUAAUUUGUUACAACUUGAUACGGACCAAAUACAUAAACAAUUAUUAUGGAUAGAACAUAAUUUUAAGGUGUGUCCACAAUUAAAAUUGAUUCAUUUAAUAUAUUUAACUAUAAAAAAUUCUGCUACAGAGAAUGUAACUUGUUAUGAUAUAGAACGUAAAAUCAGAUAUUGGUUUCCCUAUUAUUGUAAAAGAAAAUAUAUUAAAACCAUUUAUGAAACAUUAAGUUGUAUGCAAAAUAACUGUCAAAAAUAUUUUUAUCGUAAUUCAUCUCUAUUUAUGGUUGGCCAAGAUUAUAAUACAUCCUGGACUAUUAAUAGUAUCUAUAUAAGUACUUUGGAAGAAAGUUUGAUGAAAGUUAUUAAAAAUUAUGAGGAUGAAAUCAAAUCAGAAAUGGCACAUCCUGAUCAAUUAUCAAUGAUACUAAAUGGAUAUGGUGUACAUUACUUGGGAAGUACCUAG